AUGUUCCAGCUUACCGACUCGAUGCUACGCGGUGUCAUGCACCACCGUGCACAAUUUCCUCUAGAGCUGUGCCAUCCACCGACCUUUGAGCCCAGGAAGCUUUCGCUAGUCUUCCCGACAUUCGAGUCGGACACCACCAGUGUCACCUCCACGACGCCCAGCGACACCUCCUCCUCAGUCUCCACACCGGUGCAGCGUGAGCGCAUGAGUCUCAGCUUCAUCACGAAUCCGGUGCACCACACUCCCUUUAUAAGUGUCCCGCACACCGGAAACGUCGUUUGCUCCAAGAAGAACUGCUAUCGCUCGGCCAACAGCCGCUUCGGUGCGUUCUGCGAGUUCCACAAACCCAGUCGGCUCUGCAAAGUGCCCGAUUGCCGCAAGUGUGCCAAGACUGGAGGAUUUUGUAUCUCGCACGGUGGCGGGCGACGGUGUCGUCACGAUGGCUGCAUCAAGAGCGCCAAGGAAGGUGGCUACUGUAUCGCCCAUGGGGGCGGCAAGCGCUGCCGUGAAAAAGGGUGUUCCAAAUCUGCACUGGCUGGCGGACUGUGCUCCGCGCACGGUGGUGGCAAGCGCUGCAGCAAGCUCACGUGCUCCAAGACAGCGCUAAAAGGUGGCCUCUGUAUUGCCCAUGGUGGUGGCAGGAGGUGUGAAGUCAUUACGUGUUCCAAGAGCGCCGUGGGCGGCCACCUCUGCGUCUCUCACGGCGGCGGACGCCGCUGUCGAGAAGAAGGCUGCGAAAAGGGUGCUGUACGUCGUGGAGUGUGCAUUCGUCACGGGGCGCGGCAAGACUAA